UGUAGGUGACGCUGUUUCCAGAAACUAGUUUUCUAUCUUGGCUGUGGUUUGAAAGAAGGGCGUCAUUUUCAAAGCUUUUUGUAACUGCCUUGCUGUUGUCUUGACGCUGGAGGAAACAGAUUGCUGGACUAAAAGUUAUAUACCUUCAUAGGUUAUGGAAAAUCUGGACUUUUCGGAGGAAGAAAUCCAGGAACAAUUAGCUGUGCUUGGAUUUGGCAACAUAACAAAACAAAGGCUGCGUGAAUUCAAACGAGAUCUUGACUUGCUGAUUUAUCAUGAAAAGUCCAAGAGCAGCACUUCGGCUGAGUGGAGUUCCCCAAAGUCUCACAGCAGUUCAUGCAAGAGUCCACCAGCAUUUAUUAAAGAGAAAGUCCAGGUACCCAGUGCUGCUUCCAAGUACAACUCUAUUUACUCUGGUAAUGGGACAGCAGAUCAGCACAGACAGGUUCUGACCUCAACAUUUCUUGAUGAAAACUGUGACAUUGUGAACCUGGGGCCUGGUGACUCUUACAUAAGGCACUCGGUGGCUCCUAGAUGCAUCAGACCCACUACAGCUCCUAGCAAGCUUGAGGUCGAGGAUGCGUCCUGUGACAUUUACCAUUCAGUCCUGGGUGCCAGUGAACCCAUGAGGCGACAGCAAGACAUUCACAUGAACAUAAAACCAGCUCUGAAGAGAAAAGUGCUUAGGAAGCGUAGGGGACAUUCUCAGGUGUGUGACGAGUCUACGUACAGUGAAGACUCUGAGCCAGUAAGUGAGCUGGAAGAGCGCUUAGCACAACUACAUGUGUCUGUUCCGCACCAGCGACAUGAACAGUACUCUGAAAGUGAGGAGACAACCAGCUACAGUGACAGACACAGCUCCACAUCAGACGAACUCCCCAGUGCUUUUCAGGUCUACCUCAAAGGCAUGACAAGAUCGCGCAGUGAGAAUGACCUCAGACCUCGUCCCAAAUCCUUUAUUCGCCCACUUAUGGAUCACCCACACACAAGGAACCUGAAAAAAACAGAUCCUGUUGCAAAGUAUUUCCAGUACAAGCAGGAUUGGGAGAUGUUUAAGGCCCCUGGAGAGAAACGCAGAAAUGAGCUACACUGGGCCAUCAGGGAACAACUCUCUUAUCAGCCUCCACCUCCAAAGCCUCAGAGAACAUAUGUCCCAAAUACAUACGUGGUGCCUACAGAGAAGAAGCGUUCUGCUUUACGAUGGGAAAUACGACACGAUUUAGCAAACGGCACCAUUCCUACAAAAGUAACCUACAUGUAGCGUUUCUUAAGCGAAUGUCUUUAACGUGCAUGCCACAUAUAUUGUGACGGUAUUUAUUUAUUAAUGCAUGUUUCCUCUGUCCUGUGAGUGGAAUGAUAAAAUUAAUGACACACAGUGUUUAUGAAAUAAAUGUGUUUUUAAUAGACUGAAGUUCAUGGCAUGUCACUAUAGGGCAGUUUGAAAGGGUAGAGCGGUGUGAAGCGAGAGUCGUGCCACAGCAACUUCUUUUCUAGAAACUUCACAGCCUCCAGCGUGAGGACCAGACUUUCGUGUUUCAACAUGCUGUGAAUGUUCAGGCCUGU